AUGGGCCAAAAGGGUAGCAAGAUAAAGAUUACAGAACAGGAUAGAGCUGUUCUUCAAUUAAAACAAUCAAAGGAUUCAAUACAUAAAUAUACAAAACGAACUAGUGAUUUAAUUAGUCAUGAGAAACAAGAAUUGAAAAUUUUAAUUCAAAAUAAUCCUCAAAAAUAUAAAGAGAAUAAAAAAACAAGAUUCAUUUUGAAAAGAAUACACUAUCAAGAACAUCUUUUGGAUCAAGCAUCUGAUCAAUUAAUAAAUUUAGAAAAUAUGUUAUCCAAUAUAGAAUUUAAAUUAGUAGAAAAACAAUUUUUUGAAGGUUUACAAAAUGGUAAUAAAAUCUUAACUAAAUUAAAUAAAGAAUUUACUAAUGUUGAUGAAGUUCUAGAUGAUGUUCAGGAACAAAUUGCAUAUCAAGAUGAAAUAAAUGAAGCACUUGCUCAACAUGUGUCAGGUGUCAACGAUUAUGAAGAUGAGAUAGAUAAAGAAUUAGAAGCGAUGGAGAAGGAGCUAUUACCACACGAAGAGUUAGAGUCAAACCCUGUACCAAAUAUGCCAUCGGUAGAGAAGUUACCAGAAUUAAACAAUUCAAAACCAAAGAUCGAAGAUACUACGCCUGUAAAGAAGCCAAUCGACGAAGAACAACAAAGACAAGAGCCGGCCUUACUGGCCUGA